CAAAUUUUCAUAUGACAGCAGUUAUUCUGAUCUUUUGAUUCACUCAGCAAAAUGGCUGAUGAAGUUCAGCUGGCUCAGAAUGCUCAAGCUGGAGAUGAUACAAUUUUUGGCAAAAUUCUGAGGAAGGAAAUACCAUGCAACUUCAUUUAUGAAGAUAAUUUGUGUGUUGCAUUUGACGACAUCAAUCCUCAAGCCCCGGUUCACUAUUUAGUGAUUCCCAGAAAGCCAAUUGCUCAGCUCUCGAAGUCGGAAGACUCUGAUGCUGAACUUCUGGGUCAUUUACUAAUCGUGGCUAGAAAAAUCGCCCAGAAAAGAAACCUAAAGAAUGGUUUCAGAAUUGUAAUCAAUGAUGGUCCUAUUGGAGCCCAAUCCGUUUAUCACCUUCAUAUUCAUGUUUUGUCUGGAAGGCAAAUGCAAUGGCCACCAGGUUAAUAAAAGAGUUUAAAUGUGAAAUGUAAAAAAUUAUAAAUUAGACCCCUUCAAUACCAGCA